AUGCAGGAAUUUGAUGCUACAGAUCAUCAGCACGUCCGCUACAACCCCCUGAAGGACGAAUGGGUUCUGGUCUCUCCUCAUAGAUGCAAGAGGCCGUGGAGUGGUCAGACAGAACAGCCGCCGGAGGAGCAGGCACCGGAUCCAAACAAUCCUCUGAGAGCUGGUGCUGUUAGGGCUAAUGGGAAGAAAAACCCAAUAUACACAUCGACCUAUGUGUUUCCAAACGACUUUCCGGCACUUUUGGAGCGGGUACCAGAACCGCCUGCAUCCACCAAUCCACUUUUCGUGUCGUCACAAGCUAGGGGGACUUGCAGGGUAAUGUGCUUUCACCCUGAUUCGUCCAUGACUAUACCCCUCAUGUCUGUGGAAGAAAUAAUGGCAGUUAUUGAAGAAUGGAUUAAUCAAUUGAAAGAGCUGGGUCGUCGCUACACUUGGGUGCAGAUAUUCGAGAACAAGGGCGCGGUCAUGGGCUGUUCGAAUCCACAUCCACAUUGCCAGAUUUGGGCGUCCAGCUUCCUACCCAACGAGCCCAGGGUCAAAGACAGAUGUCAAAGGGCAUAUUACGAAAAGCACGAGAAAGCCAUGUUGGUGGCCUACGUGGAGCAAGAACUAUUAAAGAAGGAACGAAUCGUGCUACAGAAUAACGAGUGGGUGGCACUAGUACCGUAUUGGGCGUCUUGGCCUUACGAAACCAUGCUACUACCCCUAAAGGGGCACCCCCAGCGAAUGACAGACUUGAACGACGACCAAAAGAUGGCUCUAGCUGAAAUCAUGAAGCAAUUAAACACGAAAUACGACAAUUUGUUUAACUGCAGCUUUCCGUAUAGCAUGGGAUGGCAUGGAGCUCCGACAGGCCCAGACGCAAAACCCGGUGACUCCCCACACUGGCUGUUCCAUGGGGUCUACCUCCCGCCGCUCUUACGUUCCGCUACCGUCAAGAAAUUUAUGGUUGGAUACGAAAUGCUGGCUCAGCCCCAAAGAGAUCUGACUCCGGAACAGGCCGCUGAGAAACUCCGUCAGUGCGAUCACUUAGUGCACUAUAGAAAUAAGAAAUAA